AUGAAGGGAUUCGUGGUGUUUGCGAUGGCACUAGCCCUGGUGGCGAGUGCGGCGGUGGAAAAGAAGGAGGCCGCUGCAUCCGAGGCAGCCGCUGCGCCGGCGGCUGCGGCCGAGGGCGAGAAGAAGCAGGAGAAGCGUGGUCUCGGCUGGGACUUCGGGUACGGAUACGAGUCGCACGGUUGGGACUCCCCGAAGCUGUCGCACGGCUGGGACUCGCCGAAACUGUCGCACGGCUGGGACGAGCCGCAUGUAACGACGAUCACCAAGAAAGUGCACGUCCCUUAUCCGGUCGAAGUAGAAAAGCACGUCCCGUACCCGGUGAAGGUUCCGUAUCCGGUGCACGUCGAGAAGCACGUCCCGGUGGUGGUCGAGAAGAAGGUUCCGGUUUACGUCGAGAAGCACGUGCCCGUGCACGUUGAUCGCCCGGUGCCAUAUCCCGUGAAGGUUCCUGUCAAAGUGGUGCACAAGGAGUACGUCGAAGUCCCGAAACCAUAUCCGGUGCACAUCGAGAAGCACGUUCCGGUGGUGGUGAAGAAGCCGGUUUACGUAGAGAAGCCGGUUUACGUGAAAUCGCACGGCUGGGAGCCCCACUCGCACUCGUACUCCGAGUUCCACUCCUGGUAA